CUGACAGUAUAAAAGGAGUCGCGGCACAUGGUGAAACUUGGGUUUUUCUCGUAAAAACCCCACAUAAGACGUUAUCCGUAGUCGGUGUUUUUAUAUAAAUUAAAAAAAAACUGAUUUUACUCCAAUUGUAUAAACUAAUUUAAUUUAAAAUUCCUAAACAAUUUAUUAAAAAUAAUUUAAUAUGUCUGUAUCUCAAACGACAGUGUUAAAAUUAUAUGAAGCAGUUAUUGAAGACACUAUAAAUGGAUCUCGUGAAUUUUUUGCUGAAGAGGGUAUAGACGAUCAGAUUUUAUUAGAACUAAGAGCAUCAUGGGAAUCAAAAGUAAAGGCUAGUAAAGCAAUUGAUCCACCAGUUCAACCAGAAGUCACCCAGCUUCCGAAAACUGCACCUCAGCCACAAUCUGUUGUAAAUAAACAAAAUAAAGGUGGCCAGUAUACACCAACAAUAGUUAAUAAUAGUGUGCAACAAUUGAAAAUGAUACAACAGCAAAAAAUGCAACAACAACUUCAACAACAACAACAACAUCAGCAUCAGCAUCAACAACACCAACAUCAACAUAUACAACACCACCAACAACCACAGCAGCAAAAUAACUUGAUUUUGCCCUCUGAUUAUGCUAAUAAAUAUGUUCCAAUUCAAAUUACGUUACCAGCUCAACCAGGUUCGCAAGAAUCAGGUUCUAGAGUUCUCUCUAUUCAAGUUCCUAGUUCUGCUAUACAAGGAAAUAUUUUACAAAGCAUUCUUACUGGGCCAGUCAUCACUAACAGUAUGGCACUACCCACUCAUUUAGCAACUGCACUUUUGCAACAACAUGUCAAUAAUGUUUUACAGGGUCAAAGCAUAUCUGGUAUUCAAACUGUUCAAUCUACUGAAGUAAUACAGCAGCAACAACAACAACUUCAACAAAAUAAUCAAACAUUUAUUAGUGGGAAUGGCUCAACAGGGGGUGUGAAAAGAACUAUUGCUCAAGUUGAUGGUACUAAUGAUUCUUCUACAUCCGAUGAAGAUGAUGAUGAUAUUGAUGAUGACCUAGGCGAUGAUGAUGAUGACGAUGAUGAUGAGGACGAUGACAAAGAGGAUCAAAAUAGUGCUUCAGAUGCUGAACCAUUAAAUUCUGGAGAUGAUGUUAGUGAUGUUGAUAAUGGUGAUUUAUUUGAAACAGAUAAUGUAAUUGUUUGUCAAUAUGAUAAGAUUACCAGAAGUCGAAAUAAGUGGAAAUUAUACUUCAAAGAUGGUAUAAUGAGUUUGAAUGGUUAUGAUUAUGUCUUUCAAAAAGCAACUGGUGAUGCUGAAUGGUAAUAGAGGCAUUAAUAAUUAUUACGCAGCUAAAUGUCACAAAAUGAUAAAAUUGUAAAAUUUUUCAACUUGAAACAUUAAUUGUUGAUUGUAUAAAUUGGGUAUUAUAAUUGUAUAGGUACCUGUUCUCGGGCCUUUAAUUGUGUACAAAAUUAAAUGUAUGUAUUGUGUGUGAGGCAUAAAUAAUUUGUAUUUUAAUACAUAUUUUCAUUUGUGAAAAUAUGACAGUAUUUUUAUAUUACAUUUUUGUUUAGUUAUCGUCUUAUAAAUAAAUAAGAAAGUUGUAAUAUUUUAUUUAAAAUGUAUUUUCAUUAACAUUACACUAUAAUUUGUGUUUAAUUUAUUACAACUAUCAUAAUUUAUCUUUAUAAAAUUAGUUCUUAUUUUUUCACUAAAUGCUGAAAAAAUGUAGACUAUUAAGCCGUAUAAUCUUUGAGAAUUAAACAAAUACAAACUUUUUGUAAUAAUUUAGUUUAUGAUUUGAGUAUUUAUAUUUGAAUCUAUAAACAAAAUGUAUAAACUUAUUAAAAAUUUGUUUGAAUUUAUCAUAAUAAAUGUUUAAAUAAUGAGAAAUUAAAAAAGUCUGUUAUAAAAUUAUUUAUACAAUCUUUUGCAUUUCUAUUUAAAGCCUUAGAGUUUGUAUGAAUAUUUUUUUUAAUUUUUCUAUACAAACUAAGAUGCAAUUGAAUUAUCAAUUAUUUUAAUAUUAUUUUGUAUCAAAGAUUAUAGGGUAAAAUUGACUUACUUUGGUAUUGUAAUUUUUUUUUUCUAUUAUAAUUUUCAUCCAGUAACAUUACAGAAUAUUAAUCUAUGAAUUUAUCAAGAAUUAAAUUAUAUUGUACAUACAUGUACAGAGUAUUUUAAGACUCUUAUUAUUUGUUUUGGUGAAUGAUUUUUUUAUAAUAUGAGUUAUUCUAAAACUACUAUAAAAAUUGACUUCGAAGUAAAUGUAUUAAUUGAAAAUGUAUGAAAGGAUUACUAUUAAAUCUGUUUGUUAUUUCUUUGAA